AUGAAACGUAUCCUUGUUAUCGCAGGGUCGGACAGCUCGGGAGGAGCUGGGCUGGAGGCCGACCAAAAAGUGAUCGCUGCCCAUGGCUGCUACGCCAUGACCGCCACAUCCGCCCUAACGGCACAAAAUACUCAAGGCGUCUACGGAAUACACGAGACACCAUCAGAAUUCGUGCAGAAGCAGGUCGAGGCGUGCGUGGAUGACAUUGGCGUUGAUGCCGUCAAGACAGGAAUGCUUGCGUCUGCAGGGACAAUCGCGGUCGUUGCGGAGGCCUUCCAAAAACAUGACUUCAAGUAUACUGUAGUCGACCCUGUCAUGGUCGCCACAAGCGGAGCACGACUUUUGCCAGAAAGUGCUAUCAGGACCAUGUGUGAUAGACUGCUACCACUAACAUAUCUCGUUACACCAAAUAUUCCAGAGGCCAACCUGAUACUGAAAGAAUCCGGCCAGCCCGCCAUUGAGGUCGAAAGUCUUGAUGGACUGAAGCAGCUGGCGCGUGCUGUUCAUCGACUUGGUCCGAGGCAUGUCCUGAUCAAAGGUGGCCAUCUGCCUCUCAAUGCUCAGCGCAACACUGCGGAUUCAGACAGCGAGAAGAAAAUCAUAGCCAAUGUACUGUACGGCAAAGACGUCGACGAAGUUAUCGAGCUCGCAUACCAAAAUUCAAGAAACACUCAUGGUACUGGGUGUACUCUCGCCUCUGCUAUUACGUGCCAACUCGCCAUGGGCAACAGCAUCGCCAAAGCAGUUCGCCUAGCCUGCAAAUACGUGGAGGCAGGCAUCAAGGACAGCAUCAAUCUCGGCAGAGGCUCUGGACCCCUGAAUCACUUCCACUCCCUCCAGAUAUUGCCUUUUGCUCCUGGAGGAUUCGUGGACUACUUGCUGGACCGUGAUGACGUGAAGAAGUCCUGGCAUGACUACACACACCAUGACUUUGUAGAGAAGAUGGGAGACGGCACCCUACCACGAGAAACGUUCAAGUACUAUAUGAUUCAGGACUAUCUAUACCUGAUUCACUUCGCACGCGCCAAUGCUCUGGCUGGAUACAAGGCCAAGAAGCUGGACGACAUUGCCAGUGCUGCUCAAAUCGUUACGCACAUACGCCAUGAGGUUAAUCUCCAUCUCGAAGAGUGCAAAGACUUUGGCUUGACACAGUCCGACAUCGAGCAGUACGAAGAGAGUCAAGCAUGCACCGCGUACACUCGAUACGUGCUUGAUAUUGGCCAGUCAGAAGACUGGCUUGCUCUACAGCUCAGUCUGCUACCAUGCUUGCUCGGCUAUGGAGUCAUUGCUCGACGGCUGCAUGGCUUACAAUCAACUAACCCUCCCAAAGAGCCAAAUCAAUAUCUGACCUGGAUCAAUAACUACGUUGCUGAAGACUAUACUUCUGCUAUCGAGAAGGGAUGUGCACUUAUUGAGAAGCAUGCCGUUAAGCAGUCGCCGAGCAGAAUCGAAGACCUUGUGUCCAUAUUUGUUCACGCCACAAAGAUGGAGAUCGGUUUUUGGGAGAUGGGGGCACGUGCAUGA